AUGAACAGUAACGGCGACCGUGCAGGCUCUGUCAUUCUCGGUGUCAUUACAAACUUGGCGCAGCCGUUGACAGGAUGCUGUGUUACGCCCCCGAGUAGCCAGAACUUCCAGAGGACAGUGUGCGUCUACAUUGCUGCGAGCCAGGAGGAGGACGUAAAGACGGUGAGCGUUGUAUGGUGUAUCUCUGAUGGAAUACGCCUAACCUUUCAGAUCCGUCCGUGCAUCCUCCUGGUCCUUGCAUCCAGCGCAUUCGCUGGAUACACCGGCUACGGCCUAGGUUAUGGCCUCGGCUAUGGCAGCUUUGGCUCUGGCGGCCUUGGAUUCGGCUACGGUCUCAGCUAUGCCGGAUACGCGCCAGCUGUGCACACUGUCGCCUCUUACGCUGCUGCUCCAGUUGUUGCCGCUGCUCCAGCUGUGACCAAGGUCGCCACCGUGGCUCACGCCCCAGUGGCUACCUACGCUGCUGCCCCAGUCACAACCUACGCCACUGCUCCCGCUGUGGCCAAGGUCGCUACCACCUACCAUGCCCCAGCUGUCGCCGCCGUGGCUCACGCUCCAGUCACAACGUACGCUGCCACCCCGGUAGCCACCUACGCUGCUGCUCCAGUUGUUGCCGCUGCUCCAGCUGUGACCAAGGUCGCCACUGUGGCUCACGCUCCAGUGGCCACCUACGCUGCUGCCCCAGUCGCUACCUACGCCGCUGCUCCCGCCGUGACCAAGGUUGCUACAACCUACCACGCUCCAGCUGUCGCCACCGUGGCUCACGCUCCAGUUGCCACCUACACGGCUGCUCCUGCUGUCGCCACCUAUGCUGCCGCUCCAGCUGUCACCACAGUAGCCCACGCUCCAGUCGCCACAGCUGUUGCCGCUCCAGUCGCCACCUACGCGACUGCUCCAGCUGUCGCUGCCUACCACGCCACCCCAGUCUACAGCUACGGAGUCGGCGCCCACGGCUACGGCGCUGGCCACUACGCCUACGGUAGUGGUCUUCUCAGCUAUGGCCUGAACUAUAGCUAUGGUCUCGGCUCUCCCUUCCACUACGGUGCCCUCCUCCGCAAGAAGAAGUAAACGGUCCACCUGUAACUUACCUGAAGAAAAGGAAGAAACGUUGUAGGCCUCCGCUAAACUAUUGUGUGUUUUCGAACAAUCAACGCAAUAAAAUAAUAAAAUUUAUCCGGA